UCGUCUUCCGCCCCCUGCUCCGCCCCUUCUUUGUGCCAUCGAAAGCGCCUGAAGUUUCUAGUUAAAAGUCCUCAACUGCCGCCAUCCCCUGUGGAGACUUCUAACUGGUGGAAUCAUGGUUCAAGCCAAGACGUGGAUACUGACCAAACAUUUUGCGGGCUUCCCCAAGGAAAGCAACUUCCAACUCAAAGUAGUAGAUCUCCCCGAGCCAAAAGAUGGAGAGGUGUUAUUGGAAGCAUUGUUUCUCAGCGUCGACCCUUACAUGAGGCCGUUCAGCCGUGUCCGCAUGAAAGAAGGAGAUGUGAUGAUCGGAACUCAAGUGGCCAAAGUGGUCCAAAGCAAAAAUGCAGCGUUUCCUGCCGGGACGCAUGUGGUUGGUCGUAGUGGUUGGAGAAGCCACACAAUCUCUGAUUGCUCCGACCUCGUCCCCGUCAUGCCUGACUGGCCGAAGGAUGUCUCACUGUCCUUGGCUCUGGGCAUCAUCGGCAUGCCCGGGUUGACGGCUCUGUAUGGACUGGAAGAAGUCCUGGAACUGAAGGCGGGCGAAACCCUGCUGGUGAACGCAGCGGCAGGGGCGGUGGGCUCGGUGGUGGGGCAGAUUGCCAAGAUGAAGGGCUGCAAAGUGGUGGGCUCGGCGGGGUCCGACGCCAAGGUGGCUUUCCUCAAAGAACUGGGCUUCGACGAGGCCAUCAACUACAAAACUGUGGGCUCUUUGGAGGAGGCUCUGAGGAAGGCCGCUCCCGACGGAUACGACUGCUUCUUUGAAAACGUGGGAGGCCCAUUCUCAAGUGUGGCCAUUUCCCAGAUGAAACCUUUUGGAAGGAUUGCUGUGUGUGGAAGUAUAUCUACGUACAAUGACACUGAUCCUCAGACUGGACCAUUUCCACACAUGACCAUGAUUUUCAAGCAGCUCAAGAUGGAGGGUUUCAUGCAGAGCAGAUGGGAAAAAAAGAACCCGGAGUCCCUCAGGAGGCUAAUGGGAUGGCUGAAACAGGGCAAACUGCAGAUUCGGGAGCACAUCACAAAGGGCUUUGAAAACAUGCCGGCCGCUUUUAUGGGGAUGCUGCAAGGAGAAAACACCGGCAAGGCGAUUGUGGAAGUCUAAUGCGGAACACAAGAACCAUAAAGAUUAACAGUAUUAAUCAUUGUAUGAAGGACUACUAACCAACAUAAUGUUAACAUAUGCUGUUUAUCGUCUUUCAUUUCUAUUGGCCCUUUUUUAAUAUGAAUAUAAACACCCUUUUCAUGGCAGAGCUUGUUUGAUCUGGAAAUUUCCAAGCCUGUAAUUUGAGACUGAUUUGAAUUUCACUGAGCUGCGGUGAUGAGAGCAUCGUCGCUAUAGUUACAAGAGAUGCCGUUUAGCUGCUAUUGUGCCCGGUUACAGCUGAGUGGAGCAACACAAUCUGCUCCACACAUGUUGUGCUGUGGAAACUUUUCAUUUAGAGCAUCGAAACCAAUCUAUACAGUAUAUUUUAAAUUUCCAAUAAAAUGACU